AAAUUAAAUAAAAUAAAUUGAAGUGAAUAAGUCCAACAUUAAUUCAUCAGCGUGAUGCUACAAUCAUGCUGGUGCUGCAUGCAUGUCUUUGAAUAAUCCGUGAUUUUGAUGUGUCUUCUAAUGCUUCAGUGGACCCUGACCAGAGGUGGACUGACCAUUUGGAAACUUGGGCACUGCCCAAGGGGCCCGGGGUCAGUAGGGAGCCCCAUGAGAUGCCCCUGGUACCUUUUUCAUAGGCUUUUUUGAGUUUGGGCAAGGACACAUUGGCCCCAUGAUCCCCCAUUGCCCGGGGGCCCCAUGAGUUGUCAGUCCACCCCUGACCCUGACUAUGA